CGGCUCCGCAGUGUACUCCCCGGCUCCGCCUCCCUUCCCAUCCUUCGCAAGCCCGCACACUACCCGCUCGCACCGAGGCAGAGGCUAAAACCCUAGCGCGAGGAGGCGAGGGGAGCCGGCGGGGGUUCGCGAUGACGGCGCCGGCGGACAGGGGGAAGAGGGCCAAGACCGACGCCGACGGAGGCGAGGAGAACGAGCAGAUCGACGGCGCCCUCGUCCUCUCCAUCGAGAAGCUCCAGGAGAUCCAGGACGAGCUCGAGAAGGUGAAUGAGGAAGCAAGUGACAAGGUUAUGGAGGUGGAGCAGAAAUACAGUGAGAUUCGUAGACCUGUCUAUCUUCGGAGGGGUGACAUUAUCAAAACAAUCCCAGACUUCUGGCUGACAGCGUUUCUGAGUCAUCCUCUACUCAGCGAGCUUUUGACUGAAGAGGAUCAGAAGGUAUUCAAGUACUUGGAGUCUGUUGAUGUGGAUGAUUCUGAUGUCAAGUCUGGCUACUCCAUUCAUCUUAACUUCUCUGAGAACCCGUACUUUGAAGACACAAAGCUUACGAAGACCUAUGUCUUUGCUGACGAUGGAACAACCACAAUAAAGGCUUCUUCCAUUAAAUGGAAGGAAGGAAUGGGACCUGCAAAUGGAAAUGGCAUUAACAAGAAAGGGAGCAAGCGGCCAUUCGUUGAGGAAAGUUUCUUCACCUGGUUUGGUGAUACGGAGCACAAGAGUCUCGCUGAUGGGGUGCAGGAUGAGGUGGCGGAGAUCAUCAAAGAAGACCUGUGGCCUAAUCCUUUGAAGUACUUCAACAAUGAGGUUGAAGACUUUGAUGGAGAAGAUGAUGAUGAAGAUUUGGAAGGCGAGGAAGGUGAGGAUGACGACGAUGAGAACUGAGCCCCUGACAUGUCAGCAGUUGGUGGUGGCUGUGGCUCUGAAGGGUGGAAUUAUGUGACCCUUUCGUGAGAUUUUUUUGUUGUUGUUUGACUUAGCUGGAACUUACCGUAGGGAACUACUUAAUGCAUUAUGAAGUCAACCAACUUAAAGGAGACUGCUAUAUCAUAAUCUGGGUAUAUUUAUGAAGGCAAUUUGACCUGCUGGUGUUUGUGGUU